CUGAAUGAACAAACAUGCCGGGCGGGGCAGCAAACACACCACACCACACACAGCGGCCUUCCCGCAACCUGAAGCAGCCAACCGACCAAAGACAUCCGUGCAUUGCAUGUGUGUGUGCGCCAAGUGCAUGUCCGUCCGUACAGCCCUGCCCUGCGUACCGGUCGGUGGAGCGGUGCUUGGAGGGGGGAGGGAAGAAGUGCCUAUCAUUUCCUUUUUGGUAUUGCCUUCUUGUGGGCCUCUCUUUUCCCUCUCUCGGCCUUCUUCAGGGGGCCUUUGGCUUUGCUUUCCUUCUCUCUUCGUCCCUCCCCUUGUCUGUCGGGCAGCCAGCCACCGAGUAAAAACUGACUAGAUGACGUCAGAAAUGACAGUAAAAAUGACUAAAGAAUGCAAUGCCGCACACAGACAGGCCAGACGAACGAAAUCGAGAGGGACAGGCAGGCGAAAACGAAACCCAUCGGCCAUGCGGACACGUGUGUGAGUGUGAGGGGCAGAGCCGUCAUCAGCCAGGCCAUGAAGGGGGAAAGGGACACACAUGCACGCAGCCAUCACAAAGAUUUUCGAAGGGCAGCACGGCCAGACAGCCGGCCAUGGGCCCCUCCUUUUCUUGUCUUUUUUUGCGGCGGCCAGACGCACGCAGUAAGCAUUAGGGUACACGAGGCCCCUCACACAAACACACCCACGCCAGCCAGACGACACAGAGACAGACAAAUGAAUGGGAUGCACACACACCGCUGCAGGCCGGGCACCGCUCUCCUUUCCCGCACUUAAGUGGUGCCGGUAUGUGCGUGUACACACGACCGGACACACACGCGUCCCCGGCACUAAAACCUAUCUGCCGCCACACACACCGCCCUCCCACUCACCCCACCCCCUCCCUCAGACACACACAACCCCGCCCCACAACACGCAUAAAUGACGGUAAAAACUGACUAAAGAGUGACACACAUGGGGAACGGCAGCAGGCAGGCAGAGGUGGAUAGAUAGAUGGACGGAUGGAUGGAUGGAUGGACGUGUGGCGCAUCACGACGACACCUCUCUCUCUCUCCUUGCUCACACGCACCCACCACACGUGGCGACGCACUCAAACACAUCCACACAUCAAUGCAUUGCAAUGCAUCCACACGGCCCGUCCGUUGGGCAACACACUGAUGGGUGGAGGGAGGGAGGGAUGGAUGGGUGGAUGGAUAAACACACUGGCUACCGUACAACCAUACAGGCACCAAAAUCUGCUCUCACAUGUGUAAACACAUGCACCCUCUCUCUCUCUCGGAAGGCGCCGCACACAGACAGACGCACACACACAGCCACACACAGACAACGGCUUGGCCGUAGGUACACAUCACGGCACGGCAGACAGCUGCAUGCACCAUGCAUUCAUUACGUUAAAAAUUGGGCUCACUCACUCACACACAGAUGCACUUCGGUAUUCAUGGACGGACCAGUGAGUGAGUGUAUGAACAUUACUUACAGACGGCACAUGUAUGACAUCACACCGUGCUGGCGAGACUGUACAUGCCAUAGGCAAUGCCCUUACCCCCACAUCACACCACACAAUAAUUAAUUAAUUCGCGGGGGCCGAACCAACUCUCGUGCACCCGACGGCUCCACCUCGUCCUGCUCGUCCAGCAACACAGACGAACGGGCGCGGGGACCCUUGGCAGCAGCCGGGGGGUAGCGGCCAUAGUGCGGUGACUGGGUGGUACGGCUCCGACGGGCCACGCCGGAGAAGGUCUGGUCUGGACCGGACGGGUGGCCUCCUCGAGCUCCACACGCGGGGCGGUGGGCGCCGAGAUGGCCUCGGUUGGAUGGAUGAUGCGUCUGGUUCGGGUGUGGACUGGAUGCUGCCGCGGUGGUCCUCUAUGGGUCGCUCCACCUUCCUCCAGAUGCCGAUGUCGGGCUGCUC